UGUAGUCCCAUUUAAUUCAUACUAAUAAACUAUACUCCAUAUUAAUGAAUAAAAUUACCUACAGUACUAUAUUUAAUUCAUACUCCCUUUUAACCAAAAAUCCACCGUCCCCCUUUUAGAUUGGCCUGACUCCCUCCCUCCCUCCUUUCCAACUUCCACAACUUCCACCCCUCUCUCACUCUCUCUCCUCUCCAAUACGUGCACACUUGUUUUCUCCUCAAUUUCACCACCAAAUCAUUCUUAAUUAAUUUCUUCUAAACCAAACACACACAAAAAUGCAUGCAAAAACAGAUUCCGACGCAACAAGUCUACCGGAAUCAUCCCCUACUCGAUCGCCGCCGCGUCGCGGUAGUUCCGGGCAAGUGUACUACGUACAAAGCCCAUCAAGGGACUCCACCUCCCACGAUGGCGAAAAGACUACAAACUCAUUUAACUCAACCCCAGUCAUCAGCCCAAUGGGUUCACCACCUCAUUCUCACUCGAACUCGUCAUUGGGCCCACACUCCCGGGAAUCGUCCUCCACCCGCUUUUCCGGUUCGGCUAAGCCGCCGAAGGGUAAAAGGCGGCGAGGCAGCCGUGGAGGCGGUGGUGGUGGUGGCGGACGGAAUGAUCAGCGACACCCGUUUGAUGCGAUUGAAGAAGAAGGUCUUCUUGCUGGGGAAGAUGAUGAUGGAGAGGGAAGUAUACCACGAAGGUGUUGGUAUUUUAUUUGGUUCGUGGUUGCGUUUUUUUUGCUAAUGUCUUUCUUUUCUUUGGUUUUGUGGGGUGCUAGUCGCAAUCAAAAGCCCAUUGUUACUAUCAAGAGCAUAAAAUUUUCACAGUUUGAUGUACAAGCGGGGCAAGAUAAUACAGGAGUACCAACAGGAAUGGCAACGGUAAACGUAACAGUGAAAAUGAGGUACAGAAAUAAAGGCACGUUUUUUGGAGUUCAUGUCAGUUCAACCCCUCUUCUUCUUUCCUAUGAGGAUCUCAUCUUAGCGUCUGGAACGAUGGAGUACUUUUACCGGCGGCGGAGGAGUGAAAGGCAGAUAGCGGUGCAAGUAAAGGGAGACAGCGUGCCUCUAUACGGGGGAGGGUACAGCAUAAGCAGUAAUAACAAGGGAGGAGUAAUUUCAACGAUACCAUUAACCCUAAAAUUUAGGGUGAGAUCAAGAGCAUAUGUGUUAGGGAGGCUUGUGAAGCCUAAGUUUUAUAAGGGAAUUAAGUGCAUUGUGGUUAUGAAUCCAAAGAAGAUGAACGUGGCUUUGUCUCUUAAACAUAACUGCACUUACACAUAGAUAAUACAGUAGAUUGCUCCCAUCCAAACUCGGCUUUUAAUUAAUAUGCUCGGUCUGACCUAAUAAUAAUACUUAAAUGUUUUUAUUAUUA